GACACAAAAAAGAAAAGUUUCUGUGAGAGAAUUGGAGUCGAUAUUUUUCUCGCUUUUCUUGGGGGUUAGGAUGGAUCCCAGACGUCGAUCGGAUUGCAAUGCCCCACCCAUGGCUGAUCUGUCCCACACACGAGACAGGUGAGCUCCACCCUUCCCCAAGUCUCCCUCGACCUCAUCGCCCACUCCAAUAUAUGCUAAAAAUGCGGCAGCAACCUCCCAUGUUCAGUUAGACAACAGAGAUUCCAGUGCGGCAGAGGAGGUAUCAAAACAGAAUGGAGUCAUCCGGCGCCGACUCCUCCUCCUCCCCCUCCCCUCCGCCCCCCGUCCAACGGGACAACCUUGCCCCAAGCUGCGACGACGCGCCACCUCCUCCGGCCACGUCACUUGGCCGCGUCAAGCUUAUGGUCAGCUACGGCGGCCGCAUCCAGCUCCGCCCUCACGAUAGCAGCAGGCUCUCCUACGUCGGAGGUGAGACCAAGAUCCUCUCCCUCGACCGUUCCGCCCGCCUCCCCGCCCUCCUCACCAAGCUGGCAUCCCUUGCCCGCUUUUCCGCCCCUCUCUGCCUCAAGUACCAGCUCCCCGGUGAGGAUCUCGACGCCCUCGUCUCCGUCAUCGACGACGGCGACCUCGACCACAUGAUGACUGAGUACGACUGCCUCUGCUGCACCUCCUCCUCCUCCAAGCCGUCGCCCCGCCUCCGCCUCCGCCUGUUCCUCUUUCCCGUGUGGCCCCCUCCCCCGCGCCCCUCUGCCGCCCUUCUCGUUACCCUCAACCCCGUCCCCGCCCACCCUCCUCCUCCUCCUGCAACUCCAAUUGUGCCGGAGGCCUCGCCGAGCCCUGACUUCCUUUUCGGCCUCGACCAGGGCUUCGUCCCUGCCCCGGCGGUGAAGGUCACCACAGAUCCUCAGCAGCGGCCACCGUUGCUAGAAAGCCUUCCCCUCUCAAAGCCCGAUCUGGCCAAGGAUGACCCCGAGCAGCCGAUCGGGACUGGUGCUGAUACCGUCGCCCCCGCCGUUGCCGUGGUCUUGGCAGGGGAGAUCCAAGCACAGAUUCCGGAGCUACAAACGCUAAAUAUCGCCGAGAACGCUCGGCCGCCGAUUCCACGCAACAGCAGCGAGGAGACCCUACGUAAGAUAUGCCCCCUGGAACACCAUGUUUCAAGAGCGCCUGAGAAGGCAACACCGGCGCCACCACCCUCCCCAGCGUUGUACUGGCUGGAGCAAAGCGGAGCGACGUCGGGUGGCAGGUACGCCUCCUUGGCUCCCGGCGUCGAUCAGACGGUGUACCUAGUCCCGGCAUCACCGGCGGUCUACCCAGGGUUCUUCCCUACGGUGCGUAGUGUGGUACCAUCGGAAGCCUACAACGAGGCGCCGGCGAAGGUAGUGGGAGGCGUUGGCGGAGCAAUGCCGGGCCCGGAGGUCUAUGCAGGGGGGCAGUUGGCGUACGGGCGGGUGGUCUACUACCCCAGCGUGGCGCCCACGUUUCCGACGGUCACGAGCGUUGCCCUCAAUCCGGCCGAUAAAACCGUGAAACCUUCAGCUUGAUCGAGUCAAAAAAACGAAAGAAAAGUCUUCUCCUUCCUUUUUCUUUUGUGUCUCCCUUUCAUAGUUUUUGUUAGUUUACUCCUACGGGUUUGCAGUCGUCUAUGUUCGUAAAUAUGCACGAAUCGAUGUCAGUAGAGGUGGGUUUUUAUAUUAGUCAUGAGUUAGAUGGGGAGUACGUUGGGUCCGUCUGAGUAAGGGCUUUUGAUGAUGAUGUAUCUUGAGAUUGACGGUUGGCGGCCAAGUGUGGGGAAAUUUUGGAAGGGCCACCAAACUAUUUCCAUUCCUUUCCACCAAACUAUUCCCAUUCCUUUCCACCACAUUCUUCUCACCUACCUCUCCUUUGGCUAAUCAUCCGUCGUUCGUCAGAAAAUAAAGGGGUGAUGCUAAAGCAGUCAGGCAAACUCAUCGAGGUUUUGGAAUUCCUGUAUUUGCCAUUCCACGUAGCGUCAUGCGUCUUAAUGCCGUUUAAGGUGUCCGAUCUUAUCCUUAAAAAUGUGAUCACUUAAAUUUUCUUUUCUGA